CCAGUCCUCUGGUCUUACUAAUAUCUAUUCUGUCUUUUAUUUUGUAGGGAGAAAAGAUGGGUGACAAUUGGUGACACAACAAUGAAGCUUUACAAAUGGGUACCAGUGUCAAACCAAGAGCCUUCCCAGGUAAAUGAGGCUUUCUACACAGUUAACAGAAGGCAUACUAGAAAUGGUGCUGCUCACCACAUCAUCUACAAAAGAAAAGGACCCUCAAAACGUCACGAAAAAGAGCCCGAAAAACCUGUUGAACCUCAGAAUUUAGAUGCAAACAGUCAAACAGCUUCAUCAGUGACAGCCAAAUCUCCACCACUAGAUGGCACUGAAUCUGCUACUAAUGCCACCCAGGAAGGGCAGAAUGCACAGCCAGCACCUGCUCCUGUUGCUAAUGUAACCAAUGCCUCCUCCACCUCCACUGAGACCAAGACCAAUGGCCAACAUCACCCAUCUCCUGCAGCCGACUCUGCUGAUGUUACUUCUAACUGUUCCUCUCUGGUGCCUGGCAAUGUACCGCCUCUUGAGGACAGCCUCUCUGCUAAUGGCUCAUCUCUGUACACAGACGAGGGCAACACAAUGCAGUCGCAGGGUUCCAACUACAGUGACAUGUAUGGUGCCGGCAACACAUGCAUGAAUGAUGACUCCAACUCUAACAUGUCAUUUCCUGACCAGUCAAACCAAGAAUACUCCCAGGACAGCACUGAGGCUGAUUCUGACAUGAGGAUGGAUCCAGAAAAUACUUCAGCCUUCAACCCAACUGCUACAAACCCUCUACAAAACUCAGCGAGAAGUAUGAUGGGAGAAGACAGAACUUCCCAGCCAAAAGACAGUGCUGAAGACACAAAUGAUUCUGAACCGCCUAUCCUGGAACCAGAGACAGAUGCUGCUCCUGCUGUGAAACGUCACCGAAGGGAGUCUGGUAGUUCCAGUUGAGUGAAAUAAACUGGUGAAAAACACUCAACACUGCUACUGUGUGUGUACAUGUUUAUGUGUGUAUGUAUGUGUGUGUGAGUGUAUGUGCGUAUGUCUGUCUGUCUGUCUCUGUCAAUCUGUGUCCAUUAGUGUUCUUUCUAUAUUAAACUGUCACAGCUGCUGCUGUCAUAUCCAUUAGUGAAGUCCUUCCCCUACUAAUCUUUUCAUAUUUCACUUCAUAGGUCACUCCUUUCCCAACAACAUAAUGAAAAUGCUUUCUUCUUCAGUGAGCACCAUAACAAUUGGUUAACACUUGGUGAAGUGAGUCUGUGAUACAGGUUCAAUCCAUGGUUGGAACUGUUUCACUUUACUCCAUCCUUCAAUAUAUAAAUAUAUAUACAUCACAUGUUCCCAGGUCAGUGUGUACACCAUGUGAUCCCAGGGUGGAGUAUACACCAUAUGAUCCCAGUUCAGAGUGACCCACCUCAUGAUCCCAAGUUACUGUGUACACCUCAUGAACCCAAGUCAGUGUGUAUACCAUGUUUCAGGUUGAUGUGUAUACUGUAUGAUCCUAAGUCUGGCUAGUGUGUAUACUACAUGAUUCCAGGUUGGUGUACACAGAAUAUUCAUGAUUUGAGGUCAGUGUGCAGCACGAUUCCAUGUUAAAAAUAGUUCUUACAGUUAGGUGUACCUCCCUGUGGUGUUUACUUACAUUAAAUUUAAUCAUUGACUGUCAUAUAAGGUAUGGACAACCAUCUUCCUUAGAUAGUCUCCAUUACUCUAUACACCCAGUCAUCCAUAUUUGGAUACAGUACACUUCUACCUCUGUUCACUUCACUUUAUAGAAUAAGUACCAAAUCACCCACUGGUGCUCUGUCCAUGAAGAAAAUUUAGGUCACAUCUACUUAACAUCAUGAAACCAGAAUUACAGUCCAAGAGGAGAUCCACUGUUACUUCAUUCAAUCUAAUCUGUAAACUGUCUAGGAUUACAUGUUCUUUGGGUCACUCCUAGAUAUUUCAUUUGCUACCAACUCUACCAAAAGUUUGACCAAGGUUUACUUGCAAAUCAACCUUACUCUCUCUCAAUUUUAUCACCUACACCCCCACCUCUACUCUCAUUUCUAUUUUCAUCUUUAUUCCCCCUCUACUUCACUCAUUCACUUUGACUCGCCUUCAGAAUGUAUUUUAUAUAACCUUUACUCAGGGAUCAUUACAUGUUAAGCCCUAGCCUCACCUGCCACUUGAACCCUGUUCCUAUCAUUUCAUUGUCUUUGUAUUUGCCCUGUGCAACAUCAGAAUUACCCCCACUCUACCACCUCUACUUUAUUAAUGUCCCCAGUUAUUAACUCAGCUCUCAUCUCACUCAUUCACAUUAUUAUUAUUAUUAGCCGUUACCUAUUGUCAACUGUAUGUGUUUGUGUGUGUAUCAUGCAGGAGUUCUCUCUGUAACACAUAUGACACUCCUGAGCUUUUUCUUCAUUUAAGGGUCACUGAGAUCUUGUAAAGAAGCUAAGACCCAUCUCUCCCCACUUCUAAGGUGUGUAUCCAAGUGGUUAUUAGUAUUAUUAUUAUUAUUGCAACUAAGGCUGUGAGCUGGCAGAAUUGUUAGUGCACCGGACAAAAUGCUUACUAGCAUUUCUUUCGGAUUUUUACGUUCUGAGUUCAAAUCUUGCCAUGGUCAAGUUUGCCUUUUAUCCUUUCAGGGUUGAUAAAUAAAGUACCAAUCAAGUACUGGGGUCGAUGUAAUUGUCUUACUCCCUCUCCUAAAAUUGCUAGCCCUGUGCCAAAAUUUGAAGCCAUUAUUAUUAUUACUAAAAAUGAUGGAUGGCAGAAUUGGUAGAACUGGACAAAUGCCUUAGUAUAUUUAGUUAUGAGGUGAAAUUUGCUUUUCAUCCUUCCAAGGUCGAUAAAAUAAGUACCAGUUGAAUACUGGGGUUGAUAUAAUCAACCAUAUCUCUCCUCUCCCCACCAAAUAUGUGGCCUUGUGCCGAAGUUAGAAAUUGGGCAGUAGAUGGCAGAAUCCAUAGAGUACUGGAUAGCAUUUAAUUACUUUUCUUUACUUUCUGAGUUCAAAUCCUACUCAGGUCAAUGAAAUGAAAUACUGAUCAAAUACUGGGGGGAUUGAUAGAAUUGACUAUAUCCCCUCCAUCAAAGUUUGUGGCCUUGUGCUAAUGUUAGAAAUCAUCAUUAUUAUUAUUAUUAACCCUGCUUUGUAAUCUUUUUGCUGUUCCUUUUCCCUCACCAGUGACAGCAACAUCAACAUCAGUAGUAUUUUUUUUUUCUGGCUGUGUGAAGUUCAUUUUUAUGUACAUCAACAACAAUAACAAAGACUUCUGGUUUUGUCAAAAUAAAAUAAACUUUAGUGAAUCACCUUCUCAACUGUU